CAAGCCCGUAGCCAAUCCGCAACUCGGUAAGUGUGGCGUCGCGUGUGGCAGUGUGUACGUUGAGUGAGUUUUCGGCUUCUCAAGUCAGUGUAUGAUCUUUUACUGCCAUAAGUCGUGUCGGAGGUAGUAUUUGGGCCAUUUCUAACGUGUCGUGGUUAAAAUAUUCCUGGACAGUAGUUGUCAGGUUUGCGGAACGGUGACGACAGCGACCUUCCUGCUACCAUGUGUGACGUUCCGGGUUGCGACGUCGAGCAGAAGGAGCUGCAGCCAAGUGGCGGCGUGGCGGAAGGCGUCAGCAUCAGCAGCGCUUCCUCGUCGCACGACGAUCGCGAGGGGCAGCAUAUGGAGCUGGUUGGCGGGGGCGUGACCCCGCUGGACGCGAGGAAGCACUGGAACUCGUCGAAGAGUCAAAGGCACCAAGCCGUACCCAACCGCGUUAUCUAUGCGCGUCGCUUCAAGGUGCAUCGGCCGCAGUGGCAUUGGCACGGUAGCUGCUCGCGAUGCUGGCCAGCGACCGAGACCUCCGCUGCGGAGGCCAUCGUGCGGCCGUCGUCAUGCAGCGACGACGAGUGUGAGCUCCUGCUCUGCUGCUGCUGCUGCUGCUGCCCUUGCUUCGAGGAACUCGAAGGAGACCGGAGCAACCCAGAGACGCACGAGACCACGCACGUCUGGCACUUGUCGGGAAUGUGCAGCCUCUGCUACCGGUUGUUCGCCUCUGCGGAAUCGCUGGCCAAGCACAUGACACUAGUGCACCGCCGGACUGCCCCUGAGGGGCGGCGCAGCGCGAAGUCACUGAUGGCGGCCUCCAAGAUGAGGAUUUAGGAUUGGCCAAUCGUCGCGUCGAAGGCAACCUGGCGACGAUGCUUUUUGUUUCAGGAGAGACUGCAAGGAGCAGUCGGCAUUACUAUGGAUUUUCACCUGUCUUUCCUUGAGUAGCGCGCAUUGGGGAAACGUUGCGUCACAAUAGCUCAGUGUGCGGUUAAACCGUUACCAACCGGAAGGGAUAUUACAACUUUGUGAAGAGAAUACGAAUAAGAAACGAAUGCGGACGCUGUAUAGUGCUUGCUAUCAUGCAUUCCUUGCGCUCCCAGUGAACUUCCUCUGUGAUAGUUUUACGUGCAUAUUGUAAGGUCUGUACGUCUUGUGCAGCCGCGGCGAUUGUCGCGAUUGUAGAAUGCAUCCCCUCUUCCUUGCUCUAUCGUCCAGUGUUACAUGCAUGUCAUAUGGUUUGUACGUCUCGUCUAGCCACUAUGAUUGCCACGAUUGUAGACUCUUCCUAGCGGUGUUUCGUUUCCUAGUGAACAUUAUUUGUGAUGGCUUUACGUAUAUGCUGCAAGCUUUGUACUUAUUGUCUAGCCAAGAUGAUUGUCACGAUUGUAGAAUGCCUCUUCCUUUUGGUAUUGCGCCAUAAAACUUGUCAUGUGUUUAGUCAAGCCAUGAGCAUGUAGACGUUACCGAUAUCGCAUACUUCAAGAGAGAGCUGCAGGGACAAGAAAUUAACAUGAAGGGCUCAAUGCGCAGUGGGGCAUGUGUUGGUGUAUCUAUUCUCAGUCGCGCUCCUUUUCCGCUCGCAGAAAGCACGGGCCAUCUAACGUUAACAAGUUCAUCUUGACAUGUAGGAUCUAUGUCGAUAAAGUACGCUGCACAUGGUGUUGGAAAAGUGUGUAUUAGUUGCGAGCGAGAACGGCUCCAAUUACUCUAAUUUCACUAUAAUGAAUUUGCAUACGCUCGAAUCUUCUCAUUGGGGUGAAACCCAUGUCUAAUUUUGUAAGUUUUCAACAAUGAUGAAGUGGCGUGCAGGCGCAGUGAGCAGAAAAAAAAAAAAGAAAAUCGGGGCGUUGUCCCGGUCGGAUGCAGGGUGCCAAAAUGCGUACCUCCACGCGAGGCGGACAUCGAAGAAGCCUCGCCUGGUUUGAGAGAGCCAGCUUUUUGUUAGGCUACUCAGUUCUUCACACAAGUGGGGUCGUGCAGCCCUUCAGCUAUUCAACUUCGACCAGUUUAGCAGAAGGCACUUUACGAGUGCGUUUACACAUGACAGAGGUACAGAGGAACAAGGAAAGCUUCAGGCUGGAGUCAACGAUAAGACGAGAAUACUUGUGGGACCCUGACGAAGACCAGGUCCCCUUGUCGCUGAAUCUAGAAGGCCACCCCUCGGAUAAUUGUGCUGGCGCGCCCGGUGUGUAGACUGUUUUGCCUCCACGCAGAGACUCACUUGUAGAGCUAGCUGAAAUCCAAUAGUUUUGUACGUUAUAUGUGCCAGCGUGGAGCGGUAAGCUGCCGCAAAGUAAUGGAGCUAACAAGUGAAGCUCAUGUAGUAAAGGUUGUUUCAGUGAUGUUUCAUAAGAAAAGCGACAUUAGCCCCUUGUUUUUUAAUGAUGGUGGUAACGUGCGUUAAUUAAUUUCUCGUGUUAUGGGAACGCAGUGUGCCUUGAGACGGCGAGUAAAACUUUGCAUUUGUUUAACAAUAUUUUUUUCUUGAUCGCCGCUUUGUGCUUGUUGCCGAGAACUGUCAUCAACGCUUUUCAUAUUGCUGCAAUAAGUAAUGUACGAGUUCAUGCGAGAGUCGCUGCCAUACAUUUUUCUUGAAAUUUCUUUUUCUUUCUUUGCUUAAAACGUAUUUAUAGCAUCAAAGCACAAAGAAAAUUUGUUUCUAGCCCCCUCCCGAUGUUUCUCUCUUAUCUUACACCCUCUUGAUGUGUUGCUUCAUUUGUUGAUACUAAGGUGCUAGGCCCUCCCUUGUAAAUAUACCUCUUGUCUUGUUAGUUUCUUACCGCUACCAUGGAAGACUCCUAGAACUUGCCCAAGUUAUUACGCUUCUUUCUUGCGACCGUUAGAAGAAAAACAGCACACAAGCAUUUUGCAAGACAAUGCAAACAGACCAACAUGUUUGCCGCAUUUUUCGGCAGUCAACAAGUGUGUGUAAGAAAAUAAAUUUUUGCUUCCCUAA